GAGAGGCGAGAGAGCCGCCUGCGUGCACUCUGUCGCUGUAGUAACGGAGACAACGAGCAGCAGGUCACCUCAACGCUGCAGCCGGACGGAUAUUAACGACAAAACCGACCAACACACGGCGGGAGUACACGUCGCUUCCUCCGUGUAACACUGCUGGAUAUAUAUUUGUGUGAACUUUACGUCGUUGGAACUAAAACCGUGAGCGGGGUAGCAUGGACUCGACGGGACCCUGAGCAGGAGCACGAAAAUAACUUUUUGUUUCCUUUUUUCUUCGUAGAGGAAAUAGCUUUUCUUUUUGACACGCGUGCGCAACAGUGGACCAAGUGGGCUACAAGCCGUUCUAAGUUCUGGUGUCGUUGUAUUGUGUAGCUGUAGACGGUGAGGCGGACACCAGAGAAGCGGCGGCUCGGCAGCCACCUGACCUCCUGGAAAAUAAGACCGCAGCUAAUGACACGCAGGCUGGGAUCCUGACGUGGCUCAUUACUUAGCUCUCUGACGGAGCGGGACAAGUCCUCCGCGAGGCUGUCGCAUGUCUAGUCUCGACGCACUAUUUCAGAAGUAAAGUUUGCAAAAUCCAAUUACUGAUAGCCUAUCUAAAUUAUGGUAAGUGCUAAUUAAUUUGUGUCAUUUGUAAAAUUGUAUUAGCUGGACUUAAUCGCCCGUUAAAGUAGACUCUUUCAGUGUUUUAUCCGGCAAAUUGCGAGUAAUAAACUGAUCAUUCGACAGAACCAGAAAGCAUGGAUAUAACCGGAGUGCACGUCCGCCAGCGGUCGUGAUGCCAAGCGCCGGUCUAAUCCCGCGCCGCCAGCCUGUAAUGCCUGCACUCUAACCCGCACCAGUGUGGCGCCGUGUCCCGGUCACACCGCCAGGAUGAGCAGCACCGACCUGGAGCGCAUGUCGCUCAGCUCCUCGGCCAACUCGGUGGCUUCCAGCGCACGGACAUUGUCGGCCAACGUGAGGAAGCUGCACAACGCGCUCAACCUUCUGCUCAACGACUUUGAGAGGGAGCAGUUCAUCCACUGCCUCAACGUCUAUCACUCCAAACGCAACGUGUACGACCUGGUUCAGACCCUUAACGUCAUCCUUAACGCGCCCAGCAAGCGGCAACUUCUGCCCAUGCUGCGGUUAGUCAUUCCCCGCUCUGACCAGCUUCUCUUUGAGCAGUACACCUCGGAGGGCCUAUACUUAAAAUCGGAUUCAGUUGCAAGCAAUGGCAACGCGGAACCCCCGCCGGGCGACUUCCCAAGCGCCAGCCCCACUCCCCAGGGGCAUUUCUCGCCAAACAACACGCCCGAUUUCCAGGUGGCGUUGCGUGGCUCGCCGGACAGCUUCAGCACCAGCAGCGAGGGGACAGCACCCCUGGUGCCGCUGCUCGGGAGGAACUUUGUCCACGAGCCGCUGGGCGAGAUACGACAGGUUACCAUGAAGCGACACAAGAGCAACGAGGGUCUGGGCUUCAGCAUCCGCGGCGGCUCGGAGCACGGCGUCGGAAUCUACGUGUCCCUGGUGGAGCCGGGCAGCCUGGCGGAGAAAGAGGGUCUCCGAAUCGGUGACCAGAUCAUGAAAGUCAACGACAAAGUCUUCGACAAAGUCACUCAUGCUGAAGCAGUGAAGGUGCUGAAAGGCAGUAAAAAGCUUUGCCUCUCUGUGCGUUCAGUCGGGCGGAUUCCGGGCGGCUACGUCACCAACCAUGUUUACACCUGGGUUGACCCUCAGGGUCGAAGUGUGUCCCCCCCUCCCGACCUGACUGAGCACCGGAGUGCCACCCUGAGGAGAACCGACAGCCAGCGACGCAGCAACAUGCAACUACUGCAGGAGGGAGACGAGAAGAAGGUCAAUUUGGUUUUGGAUGACGGCCGGUCUCUGGGUCUGAUGAUCCGGGGGGGAGCAGAAUAUGCUCUGGGUAUUUACAUCACCGGAGUAGACCAAGGCUCAGCAGCGGAAUGUGGAGGACUCAAGUUGUUUCCUGGUCCGCCCUUACCGCCGUGCUCAGUCCCCCCUGCCAUGCCUCUGUGUUCCCCUCCUCCCCCGCAGGUCGGCGACCAGAUCUUGGAGGUGAACAGCCGCAGCUUUCUGAGCAUCCCGCACGACGAAGCCGUCAGGGUCCUGAAGUCGUCACGCCACCUGAUGAUGACGGUGAAAGACGUGGGCCGCCUGCCACAUGCAAGGACGGUGGUGGGGGAGACCAAGUGGAUCGCCAGCUCGCAGAUCGGAGAAAGCUCCGCCAACAGCAGCAUGGCAGGCUUCCCGGUGGAAAAAGGAGCCUCGGCAGCAGGAAAGCCUGGGUUUUAUAAAGGCGUGGCGGGGUCACAGGUGACCCUGUCCAGCCUGGUGAACCAGUCGCGGGCCAUGCUGGAGGAGCAGGCGCGCCACUUGCUGACGGAGGCAGAGCGGCAGACCAUGGUCUACUACGUGGAGGAGUACCGGGACGGACACAUCGGUGUGGAGCAGCUUGUGGUGGCGCUGUUCGAGCUGCUCAACACGCACGCAAAGUUCUCUCUGCUGUCAGAGGUGCGAGGUCUGGUCACCCCACAGGACCUGGAGCACUUUGAUGGGCUGGUGCUGAGACGCGAAAUUCAGGCUCUAAAAGCGCGACAGGGGACAGCUGGAGCCACGGCGCUCCAACCAGACUCCCUGUCCAUGGUGUCGUACCCAGACACCCUGACGUCGUCUUCAGCCAGCUUCAUGACCAACACCACCCUCAGCUCUGCACGGAACGACAGCGUGGUGGAGAGCAAUAAGGAGGAUCCUCCAGAGAGUCUAAACACGCUGCUGACCGACAUCUCUCUGGACGAUGUACAGUCCACCACAGCUGAAUCUCCCCCCUCCUUCAAGCCUCCGCCCCCACCGGGGGUGCACAGGCGCCCAACUAGACGAGAUCAGCUCAACAAAUGCCCCUCGUCCGAAUCCUCCCACUCAGGCUUGUACUUCACAGCCCCGGCCUCCCACAACCACAGCAAAGAGCCAGGACACGUCCCCGCCUCGCCCUCGCUACACCACAAACGAGAACGUCCCAGGGAACCGUCUCGGGACUACGCGGUUGUCAGAAAGAGAGAUCCCUCGGUACCUUCUAAGAACGAACAAAUAGCAGCUGCUCACUUGUCCAUGGUCACACAGCACACCAUCGGCCCUUUCCCCAGGGUCCAGUCCCCAAGCAGAGGCACCAAACCUGCUGCCCCGUCCCUUUCACCUCCACCUCCACCUCCACUCCCUGCUCCUAAUCCGCCCCCUUCUCUUCCUCUUAAACUGGUGUCUAUGUCCAAAGCCUCCCCCUCCUCUCCUGGCUCUGAACAGCGGUUUGUUACGGUGGAGGUUCAUAGGCCCAACGCAGAGCCCGACUUCAACGAGGUGCGCCCGCUGCCCCAAGCUCGAGGUGGCGCUCUGUCUCAGCUGUCAGAUAGCGGCCAAACCCUCAGUGAGGACAGCGGGGUGGACAUAGCUGAGUCAGGACACAUCAGCAAAGACAGAAGCCCACAUUCCUCACGCACACGGCACCCCCGAGACACUCAAGGGGGCGGGGGGGACAACCCCUCCAAACCGCCGGGGCUGUUGGAGCCCACCUCUACACUAGUGAGGGUUGCAAAGAGUGCCAGCACUCUGGGUAUUGCCAUUGAAGGUGGAGCCAACACUCGCCAGCCGCUGCCACGAAUUGUCACAAUACAGAGGGGUGGUUCAGCCCAUAACUGCGGACAGCUGAAGGUGGGACAGGUGAUUCUGGAGGUAAACGGGGUUUCCAUGAGGGGCCGCGAGCACAGGGAUGCAGCACGCCUCAUCGCUGAGGCCUUCAAGACCAAAGAGAGGGACCACGUGGACUUCCUUGUCACCGAUUUCAAUGUGGCCCUAUAGCUGAGUGGAGUGAGGACAGGGACUAAGGCAGCAACAAGAGAAGAAGUGUUCGAAGACAACAUGAGAAGAGGAUAAUCAAGAGUCUAUAGUUUCAAAUGGCACAACUCUUUUGGAUGGACUUAAAUGAACCACCAAAUGAUUUCUGAGCCUUCCAAAAAAAACACCCUUGAGUCUGGAUACACAAAACUCCCAUUUACUUCUUCAAGGUAUUACUUCAGCCAUGGACUUUGUUCAGGAUUCUCCUCAACGUGUUACCUACCCACUGUGAGACAUUAUGCACUAAAAUGGAAUAGUAGUGAAACGUAUACCUUUCCUUCGUUCUCUCCGUGUUAAAACUUGUGGAUUUGAAACCAUUGGAAACCCCGCUGGAACUUCUAGUAGCACUCCCAUGUCUCAUGGUCAGUUGAUUUUAUUUUGUUUUUGCUGUCACCUGAGAGACAACUGCAAAUCCAAGCCUGAUCCGUGCUUGACUUUACAAGCUUGGAUUUGUCAAUGUAAAAAUGAACAAAUGUAGAUACAGAUGCAAAUAUACUGUACACAUAAAGAUACUCCUAUAUCAAUAAUGAAAACCCGUAACCUCUGUUGCAUCAUCUAGAUAUAAUCAUAUAUUUCAAAGUAGAUGAUGAGGAUAAUUCAGGCUGUCCUGGUGAUAAGGGAUUCCACACAUUUUACAGCGAUGCUACCGGCCUGUCUGCGUUUAACUAUCCCAUUUCACAAAAACUAAAUGGAUAAAAUCAUCUCAGGCAAAUAAAAUUACACUUUACCUGCUCAUGUUUGUUUGAUCAAAAGACGUGUGUAUAACAGAAAUCUUCAUUUGGGGACCGCUUCCCAUUUCCUUUCCACUGCUCCAUGUGUGUCUGUAUUGUUUGAGACUACGUCCACACCAGCCUUUUUUUAAAUGAUGUGAAAACAACAUGCGUCUACAAUAUGAACAAUAAGAAGUGGCUAAGUCUCUGCUUCUUUUUUUAAAUUCCCAUCAGUAAACAACACAUUUCUGAGAACAUCCGCACUGUGGCCAAGUUUCCUAGUACACACUAAAACACGAGAUAAUCAGAUUCAGUCACUUUAACAAAAAUGUCAUGUGUUGAAAACACUGAAUCAGAGAUGCGUUUUUGUUGUCUUUUUGUCCAUUUUUGUGUGGAGGUACUCUCAGAGGGGAUACAGUCUCUCAGCUUUUCCCUCAGAACGUUCAGCUUUUCUCGUGCUACUCUGAAUAUCAAUUGAUGAUUUUCAUUUUGUAAUUUCAUAGCUUUAAUUAUUUCCACCCUGGGGGGGCUUGCCGAAGCCAUGCUCAGUGCAGCACUUAUGCCCAAGAGCGGAGUAAUGAGACAUUUAGAGGACAACACUGCCAAAGAUUUGAGACACAUGUUCACACAUGGAACCCGUGCACACACGCACACAUUAAUCCACUUAUAGAAAAGCUAUUAGGAGAUAAGCAAUCAGGUGAAGUGAGAGAUGGAGCGAGAGAGGAAGAGAGAGAGAACGAGAGAGUGACAAAAGUAACAAAUGAGACGUAAUUGCAGUUGGGAUGAUUUGCUUCCUCUCAGGAAGAGUGCAUGUGUGAAGAGGAAGUACAGCAAAUAUCCUCCACGUGUCACUCCAGAGACUCAUAUUAGGCUGCAGGUAGAAAUAUGAAGUCAUUGGAAUAAUUAAUCCUGUGUUCUGUGCUUGGAUCCGUGUUGUGCGUCUGUCUGAAGUUAAUAGAUGAAAAGAGAAAAAAAGAUGCUCAAAUUAAGGAGAUGGCAAAUAAAGACGGAUGUAAAUGUCAUUCAGCUGCUUUAUGAGACAAACUCUCUCACACAUUCGCGCACACACACACACACAAACACACACACUCCUGAAUCAUUCUGGUGACAACUGAGAGAGAGAGAGAACAACACAUUCAUGCUUUCUUUAUACAUAUUCACGUAUACGUAUAUACUUUUUUAAAGGCCAUACCCACAUCCUGUACCUGUAAUACCAAAAUCAUGACCCCAACAUAUAUAUUUUAUUAAAUAAUCUAGAAUUUCUUAACAGGCAAAAACCUGCUGAGUUUUUUCACAAUCUAUCCUUCAAAAGUAAAUUGUGCUAUUGUUGUAGUGCUCACUUUACAAGUGACAAGUAAGAAAACAAAAAAACGACCAACUUUAUUUCAAGUCAAAUUGAUUUUUCUAAGCACAUUGAAAAAGUGCCGUAUUGUCUGGGGGGGUUACACAAACCCACGCAGGACUCAAAGGCUAUUCACUGAUGCCCGUAAACGUCCCACACUAAAAUAAGAAAAGAAAAAAUAAAUGCAGAGGGCAGCGUCUUUGCAGAAACAGACACCACAACACCCUUAUAGUGGUUUAAAGGUGAUCAUUGAGAGGGAUUGCUUUUGUAUUAGUCUAUACAUUGCUUAUUUGCAUUGCAUAUUAUACAUUUAAGUUAUUGCUGCUUUAAGGAGUUACUUAACACCAGACGGCUACCGGAGCGCACCACGACUUUACAUAUUUUGUAGAAAUCUAAUUUUGUUGUCGGAAAACUAACUUUUUCCAACCAACAUGCAGUUAAUUUGUGUUUUGGCACAGGAUCAGGAAACAAACAUAUUGUAUUCAUAUUACUUUAAGUUUAGUGAAUGAUUAAAUUACUUCUGCCUCACAGAAGGAAGAGUUAAAAACAUGAACAUCAACAUUAAAGUAGUGACUUGAUUCAACUGAGGAAAUGAAUUACGAUAUGUAAAUCUGAUGGUUUACAAGGAAAGGCCAACCUGGACCUGUAAACCAUACCAAAAGUUCCAUAUUAAACUCAAACGCAUCAGUUUAUAUCUGAGAGAAAAGUAGAAAGGCUCUCAUUUAUAUACCGUAUCCAAAGAGUUUCUGUCUCUAAGAUCACUGAGGCGAUUGUGUGCAUCCAUUAAAAUUGAUUUGGAGAAAUGUUAACUGCAAUAUUCAGGGCGUGAUAAAAUAAUAUCUGGGGGAAAAAAAUAUACUCUCGACUGCCACAACCAAUCUAAAAAUUCAGGAUGCAUCAGCAUGUGUGUGUACAUGAGUGUGUAUGUGUGGGAGAUAGAAUGAGCUAGAUAAGAAGACAGAUAGAAAUUGAGACAGAUGAGAGCUGAAGUGUGUCCUCUCAGUGUAAUUACUCACCGUCAAACUCAUCUGGAAGAUGAAGGCCUUGGUUUCCUCAGUUCAGCCUUUUAACAUCACACUUUCAGAGGUAGGACAGGAGACGAGGAAGGAGGAGACCUUUGUUUAUGCCUAUGUCAAACACCGACGUGACCGACCUUUUGAUGGAAAAUAAUGAAAUUGUUAAAUCUGUCCAGUGAAAACCACACACACCACAUCUCUAAAUUUGAUUGUGUAUAGAUUUUACUUUAAAGAUUAUUUUUGGGCUUUUCCGCCUUUAAUGGACAGGACAGCUAGGUGAGAAAGGGGAGAGACAUCAUCACAGGUCAGACCCGAACCCUGGACCUCUGCAUCGAGGCAUAAUAAAGUAUAUGUGCGCCUGCCCGACCCACCGACCCACCCCAGCCACGAGCUUUUACUUUAAAAGGGGUUCAGGGAAUUACAACAUUUUAUUUAUGACUAAUAAAAACCUUUGGAUUAAUUUUCAAUGUAUUGUCACCAUCAGGGUAACAUGUUUAAAAUGUUCAAUACUCGUACGGAUAUAAUAACCUUCAGUACCAAUACCAAAAGAAUGCUUAGGCUACUACCUUUCUAGGAAUUUAAAGAUAUACAUUUUUUUUAAUACAAGUUUAUGAUUGACUAGAAAGACUAAUAACAACGAUGUGCUAGUCUGUCUCUCAAUACUUUCUGACUUCUCUGCCGUCUCUGGCUCUAAACCAAUUGCCUCCUACUGAAAAUGUACAUUUUCAAAAAAGAAUCACAAAAAUAUAGAAUGGCAUACAGUUUGAUUUUUU